GAAGAGAAGGCUGGAAGGGGGGGCGGGGAGGGCGGCUGAGAUGCGGCCCCUCCCCUUCCUCACUCUCUCUCCCUGCCACUCCCCGGCCGUCUCCACAGCCGCCUACUCCGACCUAGUGGCAGGAUCAUACACCUUCUGUCAGUCACCUUGUGUCAGCGAGUGGGAAAACAGUAGCAACUGAGUAACAAAGAAACUAUGGCCUUGAAACAGAUUUCCAGCAACAAGUGCUUUGAGGGAUUUCAGAAAGUUUAUGAGCAUGACAGUGUGGAACUAAAAUGCAAAAUGAAAUUUGGAAUCUACUUACCACCGAAGGCAGAAACUGGAAAAUGUCCUGUACUUUACUGGCUGUCUGGUUUAACUUGCACAGAACAAAAUUUUAUCACUAAAGCUGGUUAUCACCAAGCUGCAGCAGAACAUGGCCUCAUUGUCGUUGCACCAGACACCAGUCCACGUGGCUGUAAUAUUAAAGGAGAAGAUGACAGCUGGGACUUUGGUACUGGUGCUGGUUUUUAUGUGAAUGCCACUGAAGAACCUUGGAAAACCAACUAUAGGAUGUACUCUUAUGUAAUAGAUGAGCUGCCCAAGCUGAUAAAUGCCAAUUUUCCAGCUGAUCCAGAGAAGAUAUCUAUUUUUGGCCAUUCUAUGGGAGGCCAUGGAGCUCUGAUUUGUGCUUUGAAGAAUCCUAGAAAAUACAAAUCUGUGUCAGCAUUCUCUCCAAUCUGCAAUCCAAUGCUCUGUCCUUGGGGGAAAAAGGCCUUCAGUGGAUAUUUAGGAACAGAUCAAAGUAAGUGGGAGGCAUAUGAUGCUACUCGUCUUGUGAAGUCAUAUCCAGAUUCUCAGUUGGACAUAUUAAUUGAUCAAGGCAAAGAUGACCAGUUCCUUAAAGAUGGGCAACUACUUCCUGACAACUUUAUAGCUGCCUGUGCGGAACGGAAAAUUCCAGUUGUUUUUCGAUUGCAAGAGGGAUAUGAUCAUAACUACUACUUCAUUGCAACUUUUAUUAAUGAUCACAUCAGACAUCAUGCAAAAUACUUGAACGCAUAAAGCUUCAUAUAUAAGUAAUCUCACAAUUAUAAAAGUUACCAUGUAACUUUUGAAAAGAUACAAUUAUACAUGAAAAAUUACCACCUGUGAAUAUUCACUUCUAAUUUUUAUCAAAGGCUUACUACCUUAUGAAUAAAUAUAUAAAAUCAAGCAAUCUGAUUCCUUUUUGUUCACCGUAAGUACCCUGAUAUAAGGCAUGUCAUAACCUAGGGGCAGUUUGAAAUCCUUAUAAAAUUAAGUUUAAAGGAUCACAGAAUAUGUAAAUAAUCCUAGUUGACUGUAAAGAAUACAGUGAUUCAGAUAUAUUGGGAUAUAAUAAUAAGUUGUUGGUCAUUGGUGUAUCAGUUCUUAGAGAACUAAAUUAUGGAAUUGUAUCAGUAACUGAAUAAAAAGACUUAAUACAUUGA